UUGCGGAAUUCCUCAGAUUCUUGUAAGGAAAUCAAGAGGCUGUAUGGUUAUGAGGGCAACAUUGUUUUCACUGACAACAAAGAUCAAAAGGUUAAGACCUUUAAUUCCUUAAGUGCAACAGUCGAGACCUUGUUGGGUACUGGCCAUGAAGGAACCGCUGAUGGAACUGAAGAAAGCUGCUCAUUUACACAAGUUCAUGCAAUCUGUUCCUUGUAGAAAAUUUUUUUGUUUCUGAUAUAGCUGCUGAAACAAUCAAACUAGUUUCGGGGCUUACUGGCAAAGUGUCCUUUCGUCGCAACCUCAAGAUGCUGUGUGCAAUGUUUCAUCUGUAAAUGCUUAUAUUAAAAACACAGUCGCUGAAGUAAGGCAGCACUAUAAAAUGAAAGAAACAGCAACAAUAAAUGGCCCUGAAGGAACUGUUUCCAGAAAAACACAGGAGUCAUUGGUGCUUCUCGAAAGAGGUAUGGAACAGCUACGAGAUAACGUUAAGAAUGUAAACGAGGACUAUCUUGGUGACAUUGACCUGCGUACGCUGCUAACAACUCAGGUGGAGAACCUUCAUGCAGUCUCCCACUUCAAAAACGAGACUUUCACCGCUCUUCAGUAUGGUCAAGACUUUGGAACAAUUUCAAAGGAAUCUUUAAAGAGAACAACAAAGUGGGGUGCGAAGUACUUCACACUUGAGAAGUCUUAUUAUCCAGUGCCUAAAUCCAGUGUGGAGUUACGGGACGUAAAUGUGAUGAAACUUCCUCCAGCAGAUAACGUUGACCCCAACAUUGAGGCAGCCAUGAAGGAAUUGGUUGACAGGUAUCGACCUGUCAAG